AUGCCUGAACAAGUAACCAUUUCUCCCAUUGAUAACAGUGUCUAUGUGACACGUACUCUUGCCACAACUGAACAAGUUUUGGGGGCAAUUGAACGUUCAAAAAAUGCUUUCUUAUCUUGGAAAAAAGUUUCUGUCAAAGAACGUGCAAAUAUUAUUUCCAAAUUCGUCGAUAUUUUUGUUGCUAAAAAAGAUGAUAUCGCUAAAGAGCUAACACUGCAAAUGGGAAGGCCAAUUCGAUACACUGGUGGUGAAGUCAAUGGUACUGCUGAGAGAGCACGAUAUAUGAUAUCUAUAGCCGAAGAAAAUCUCAAUGAUGUUGAAAUUAAAGACAAACUUGGAUUUCGUCGGUUUAUUCGCAAAGAACCUCUGGGACCAAUUCUAAUUAUUGCAGCUUGGAAUUAUCCAUAUCUGAUAUCUGUAAAUGGUGUAAUUCCGGCACUUCUCGCAGGUAAUACUGUUAUCCUGAAGCAAUCCCCGCAAACUCCUUUAUGUGCGGAAAGAUUUGAGGAGGCUUUUAAAGAAGCCGGUCUUCCUGAAAAUGUAUUUCAGAUUUUGCAUAUGUCUAAUAGUGACGCAGAGAAAACCAUAAAACAUUCAGAUAUUGUUUAUGUGAAUUUCACCGGUUCAGUCAAGACUGGAAGGGAAGUUCAAAAAGCUGCAAGCUCUAAAUUUAUCGGUGUUGGACUUGAAUUAGGUGGCAAAGAUCCGGCCUAUGUUCGUCACGAUGCCGAUUUGGAAUACACAGUAGAACAGCUAGUUGAUGGUUCCUUCUUCAAUAGUGGUCAAAGUUGCUGUUCCAUUGAACGAAUUUAUGUACAUGAAGAUGUUUAUGAUCAAUUUAUCAAAAAAUUUAUUGAAUUGACAAAGCAAUACAAGUUAGGUAAUCCAUUGGAUCCUGAAACAACACUUGGACCUAUUGUUCGCACUAGUUCUGCAGAAUUUGUUCGUCAACAGAUUGAGGAAGCUACAGUACCUUUGAUUGAUACUGCAUUAUUUCCUGAGGACAAAAAAAACACACCUUAUUUGGCACCUCAAGUUCUCGUCAAUGUUGAUCAUUCAAUGAGAAUUAUGAGAGAAGAAAGUUUUGGCCCUGUUGUUGGCAUAAUGAAAGUAUCUUCAGAUAAAGAAGCUAUUAAACUAAUGAAUGAUUCAGAGUUUGGCCUUACUGCAAGUAUUUGGACAAAAGAUGAAAAUGCUGCAUUAGAAAUCGGAAAUGAGAUUGAUACUGGAACUUGGUUUAUGAAUCGUUGUGAUUAUCUUGACCCAGCAUUGGCUUGGGUUGGUGUAAAAAAUUCUGGUAGAGGUUGUACUUUGUCUAAGCUUGGAUUUGACUAUUUUACAAG